AUGAGAGAACACGCUGGAUGCGACAAUCCGCAAGCAUGCUACAAGAAGGCGGAAGAACUACUAGAAACACUUCCACCAAAAUGGGACCCAAGAAAGAUAAGGGAGACCCAGGCGGCAGAGGUCAAUGAGGAAGACUGGCACAAAUUCAGAACGAAUAGAGUAUCAGCAAUGGAACUGAAAGAUAUAUUUAGAAUAUUCACAUCAGGAGAGAAAUCCCUGAUAAGUCGUGACAACCCCGUAGCACAAGGAGGACAAAUAGAACUAGUGACGGACGGCUCAUGCAAGUAUAUGAACACCACGGAGGCAAGAGCAGGAGCUGGCAUAUUCCUGGAGGAAAAUGACGACAGGAAUAAAGCUCUGAGAGUGCCAGAGGUCCUAGCACAGACUAACCAAGUAGGGGAAAUGUUUGCAGUCCUGGAAGCAGCAAAACAAUUCCCAGGGAACGAGACUUUAAAAGUCCUGACUGACUCAAAGUAUGUGAUAAAAUCAUCAACAACGAACCUCAAGGAAAACGAGGAUAAAGGAUACAUUGGUAUGGCAAACAAAACCCUCCUCAAGCUGACGUCCGCGGCACUAAGAAGAAGAGAAGGCAGAAACCUCUUCAAAUGGGUUAAAGGCCACCAAGGCAAUGAAUUGAACGAGAGUGCGGACACACUGGCAGGACAAGGGAGUGAGAAGAAUUACCUGGAAGUGCUAAACCUGGAAGUAAACGUAAAUGAAUGCCUAUCAGGGGCAAAACUCCAGGCCCCGACCCAGGCAACCGCCUACAGAGGAAUAUGA